AUGCCGAGGAAAAGCGAGACAACAAGAAAACUGGAAGAUGUGGGAAUUGAUAUUGACGGUGAAGUGGACAGUGAAGAUGAAGAGCCAAGACCAAGAGGUAGGGCCAAUAACAGAAGGCAGGCCGCUGGCAGAAAGGGUAAGAAGGCUGCUGCAAGUGAAGAUGAUGAAGAUGAGGAAGAGGAAGAAGCUCCCAGAAAUCGACGCACUGCCAACAAAAAGAAAGCAGGCAAAGCUCGAGUCAGUGAGGAAGAAAGUGAAGACGAGGCCCCAAAGCGGAGACGUGGGGGGAAUAAGAAGAAAGCCACCAAGGCUCAAGACAGUGAUGCAGACAGUGAGGAAGAUGAGAAGCCAAACAAGAGAAACAAGAGAGGUGCCACCAAUAAGAAACAGAAGGAGGAACAGAAUAACAAGGAGAAGAAAGGAGAUGCCAAGGGCAAGGGCAAAGGGAAGGACAAAGACAAUGAGAAGGACAAAAAGAAGAAAAAAGACAAUAGUUCCUCAGAUUCAAACACUGACUCUGAGGAAGAGGAGUCCAUGUCUGAAGGAGAGAUGGCCAGACUGAUGGAGGAGGUGGAGGAGAAGAAGAAGCUUAUUGCUAACAUAAGAAAUAAGCCCUGGAGGAUGAAACGAAGACUCACUCUCCUCAAAGAGGCGCAACUGUUUGUGGAUAAAUUUGAGGGUGCCCUGGGGAAGGGGAAGGGCAGGAAACUGUAUGCUUAUAAAGUGAUGAUGAUGAAGAAAUGGAUUAAGUUUCAGCGAGACUUUGAGAAUUUCAAGACUGCAUGCAUACCUUGGGAACGGAAAAUAAAGGAAGUUGAAAGUCAUUUUGGCUCCUCUGUGGCCUCAUACUUCAUCUUCUUGCGCUGGAUGUAUGGGAUGAACCUUGUCCUCUUCAGUUUGACUUUUGGCCUUGUUGUGAUUCCUGAGGUUCUCAUGGGACUGCCAUACGGUUCUAUUCCCCGGAAGACGGUGCCGAGACCAGAACAGCCCACAGCCAUGGACUACUCUGUCCUCAUGGACUUUAAUGGGUACUGCAAGUACUCUGUCCUUUUCUAUGGUUACUACAACAACCAGAGGACCAUUGGCUUUCUGAAAUUCCGGUUACCUUUGUCAUAUCUUAUGGUUGGCAUCGGAACCUUUGGGUACAGCCUGAUGGUCGUGAUCAGAACGAUGGCAAAAAAUGCUGAUGUGGGAGGUGGGGACGGAGAAGAUGGGGAAUUUACCUUUGCAUGGAAGAUGUUCACCAGCUGGGAUUAUCUCAUUGGUAAUUCCGAGACAGCAGACAACAAAUACGCCUCCAUCACCACCAGCUUCAAGGAAUCCAUUGUGGAUGAGCAAGAGAACCAGAAGGAUGAGAACAUCCACCUGAGGAGAUUCCUGCGUGUGCUGGCCAACUUCCUCAUCACCUGUAGCCUGGGUGGGAGUGGUUACCUCAUCUACUUUGUGGUAAAGCGUUCUCAAGAGUUUGCUAACAUGGAUGACCUGGGAUGGUAUGAGAAGAAUGAGGUUGAGAUCAUCAUGUCUCUACUUGGCUUGGUGUGUCCCAUGCUGUUUGAGACUAUUGCUGAGCUGGAGGACUACCACCCCCGAAUUGCCCUCAAGUGGCAGCUGGGCCGAAUCUUCGCUCUCUUCUUGGGCAACCUUUACACUUUCCUCCUUGCCCUGUUUGAUGAGGUCAAUGCCAAGCUGGAGGAGGAAAAGUCUAUAAAGAAUGCUAGUAUCUGGUUCAUGAAUGAGUACUACGCCAAUUUCACUGCUAUGAACCCCAACAACACUGAGGCCACACCCCCUCCCGUCGACCCUUCGGAUGUCAUCAGAGGACCAUGCUGGGAGACUCAAGUGGGAAUAGAGUUUGUGAAACUGACUGUCUCAGACAUCCAGGUGACUUAUCUGACCAUUCUGAUUGGUGAUUUCCUGCGGGCAGUGAUUGUGCGUUUCCUCAACUACUGUUGGUGCUGGGAUUUGGAGGCUGGUUUUCCUUCGUACGGUGAGUUUGACAUCAGUGGUAACGUCUUGGGUUUGGUCUUCAAUCAAGGAAUGAUUUGGAUGGGUGCGUUCUAUGCCCCUGGUCUGGUGGGCAUUAACGUUCUGCGUCUGCUGACAUCUAUGUACUAUCAGUGCUGGGCAGUGAUGAGUUGUAAUGUGCCGCAUGAGAGAGUGUUCAAAGCCUCCAAGUCCAACAACUUCUACAUGGGCCUUCUUCUGCUCAUCCUCUUCCUAAGUCUGCUGCCUGUGGUCUAUACCAUUAUGUCACUUCCGCCCUCCUUCGACUGUGGUCCUUUUAGUGGAAAGGAUCGUAUGUUUGAUGUGAUCAUGGAGACCAUUGAUCUGGAUCUGCCGGCGUUCAUGGGGACUCUCUUCGGCUAUGUGGCCAACCCUGGCCUCAUUAUCCCUGCUGUGCUCCUCAUGGUGCUGGCCAUUUACUAUCUGAACUCAGUGUCUGAGGCCUACAAGAACUCCAACAUGGAGCUAAAGAAGAAGAUGCAGAUGGCCAGAGAUGAAGAAAAGAACAGGAGAAAUAAUAAAGACAGCACUAACCAAGUAAUGAAAGAUCUGGAGGAUCUUCUCCCCAACCGCUCUCUGGCGCCCCCUGCCCCUCCUGAAGAGAAAACAGAAAACAAACCUGACCAGGGUGGAAAGGCUCCAAAAGUAAAGCCAGGAACAGCCGGGAAUGGUGUGAACUUUCAGAAAGAAGUUUCUUUGGCGUCAGCCAAUCCCAAUGCACGAGGGGCCGUGACCCGCCCUCCUGGCCCUAGAGGGCCUGGGCCUCUACCUGGCAACAAUGCAGGACCUGGACCAGGGCGUGGGAGGGGUAGGGGGCAACCCCCCAGAAGCUAG